AUGGUUACAACAAUCGCUUCCGGCGCUGGCAUUGCUGCUGGUUUGCCCAACCGUCGAUUGAAAAAGCUAGGCUUUAAACAAUUAUUAUCCAUUCAAAGAGGAAGUUCCGCUUUAGCAGGUGCAACUGAAUCAGCGAUCGAGAAUGAAGAUUCUCAGGAUAAAGGAUUAGGUGUGGAUGCUUCGGAAAUUAGCGAACACCAUCUGCAAGCCGCUCUUUCAUCUAGUCAAGUUGCAGCAGAUGCUUUGGCAAAUGCACAGGCAAACGGAAAUGGUGCUGGUCCUGCACCUGCAAAAGUGUCUUACCAUAUCCCAACACCUGAUGCCAAAGCUGUUUUGAUGCAAAGAGAAUAUCAUUACUUGUACAAAUUGGGCGCUUAUUCCGAUCCAGUAACUUAUAUCCGAACUUCAAAAACUGUCGAAGAAUCCAUUCGCGGACCUUCGUAUACUUUAGACGAAGAUGAUGACCUUUGGCUUGAAGAUCGUAAUAAAAAGGCAGCAGACGCAUUGGAUGCAGCUUUGCUUAAAGCUCGCCCUCCAUCCUCUGCAAAGGGAAAGAAUAAGGAAAAAUCUCGCGACGAAAUGGCAGCGUCUUUGGCCCGUGAAAAUGUCGACCUAAAGGUGAUUUCUCAAGAUGAAUUUGAAAUGGUAAUGACAGUUUUCGAACAGGUCACUUCAGACAAAGUGCCUUUUGCACAUCUGGACUUGAGCAAAUUACCGACGCUGGACGAUCUGUUGCCUUCUUUUGAAGAAGAUUCCGAAGUGUCCAAGCUUGCAUUCCCCGAACUGCCAGAAUUGGGGUGGGAACAAUCUUCCUCUUCUUCUUCCCACUUGAAACAAGAAUGGUCUCCCGAAAAUCCUUACAGAAACUUGCCCGCCCUCAAAAAUGUGGCAAAAGUUGUCUAUCCUUGGUGGAAGAAUAGAAGGGAGGACCGAGAGGGAAGGGCAAUCAUGCCUAGCUUGAACUUUGAUGAAAGCAACGACAAUGAUCCAUAUGUCUGCUUCCGACGAAGAGAAGUGAAGAUGGUCAGAAAGACACGUAAAACAGAUGCCAUGCAUCUUGAAAAAUUGGUUCGAUUACGACACGAAUUACAACAAAGUGUCUCUCUCUUAUCCCUCUUGGCACAACGUGAAAAGACAAAGAGAGCAACUUUGGUACAAGACAAAGCUUGCUGGCAAUCCACUCGUGAAUUGCUGGAAGUCAAGAAACAAUGGAAUAUUGCCGGACCAAGUAAUGGUACAGAAGAUGAAGAGUUGAUUUCUGUCGAGAAGCGCGACGAACAUGCGCACGGAGUGGCCGGCGUUGUGGCAAUGAAUAUCUCAUCCAAAAAGAAACGCAAAGCAGACGAUGCGGCAACAUCAGUUGCCAGCAUCAAAGAAGGAGGAGUGGUCAAGAUACCCAAUCGCAAAGCAAGACCCAGCAACGGAGAAGAAUCAGCGACUGCUGGUGCUGCCGCUGCUGCUGGUCAAGCAAAUGCAACAAAUGGCGCUGCUUCUUCUACUGCAUCGACUGGAUUGGGCUCUGCAAUCUUGGAUCGUGUUCAAGCUGUACAAGCGUAUAUUGAACGAGAAGUUCAACGUAAAUCUGAUAGCGAUCUAGGCUGGGAAGAAGGAAGCGACGCUGCCUUUCAGCCUAUUCCCGUUCCCAGCCAUUUGCGUUCCUUUCGGCCCAUCCACUUGGACUCGCAAUCUGAUGCAAGUGAAAUGCCUUCCUUUCCUUGGUCUUCCAAUUCGCCCUCCAAUGUCAACAACUUUGGCAGGGUUGGAAGGCCGGCAUCCUUUCGUCGUAGGGUUGGACGGGGCGGACGUAUCUUCUUGGAUCGUAAAUUGCCUGCGCCCAGCCCUGUUCCAUCCAGCCUAUCUGAUUGGCCGCGUAAUGGCGCAAAUGCCGAAUCUGCUUCGAAGAGCGAACAAAAAGGAAAAGACAAAGAAGCAGAUGAAUCGGGCAAAGAAGGUAAAGAAUCAUCAAACGAAAAGCAAAAUGAAGUCAAGCAGCCAUCACGAUCACAAACGACAAAUGAUUCAGGAUUGAAGAGUCAAGGCAAAGAUCAACUGCCUGAGCUUUUGACCGGCCCAUUCGCAUUCUCUGCUUCUAUCAGACCCAGUCAAUUGUCCUCUUCAUCUGCAGCAUCACGCACUAUGCAAACAGGUCCCUUUGCAUCCUCUCCACUCAAACAACAGAACGUCGAUCAUGUUGAUGGAGGUGCAUCAGAUGCAUCUUCGUCCACUUCUAGUCACCAUUCGAAAAUCAGCACGUCCACCAAAGCUACCAGUAUUGACGAAAGCGAAGAACCUGUUCAACAGAAAGAGAAUCGCAGAGAACAGCAAAAUAGUGAUGAUGAAAUGGCAGGAGUCGGUGAAGAUGAUGACGAGAACGACUCGAUCGCUUCGGAAGAUGAAGUUGAACGUUGGACUCGUAUACAAGAGCGUUGGCGUUAUGAUGAUGAAACAGGUAGAUGGGCUGGUCUGGGAUUAUGCGGCUUGGGCGGUAUGGAAGACGACGAUGAAGCGAUCAUUGAUGACUUUGAUCAGAGAUUUAUGCGAUUCCGUAUGAACUUGUUGGAAGAAGCGGAUUUGAUGAAAUUAUCGACAGACUUGAGUAAUGUCAUGCAAGCACAAGCAGCUGCAGAUACGCCAUCGACCAUUCCUGCUGGCUAUUCCAUUUUCCGUGGCGAUAGUACAAAUGUAUAUUCUCAGGCACAACAGCAACAAGCCGUUCAAGCUCAACAAGCUCAGGCACAGGCACAGCAACACGCACAACAGCAAGCUGCAGCACAGGCAGCUGCUCUUGGCCAUCCGAAUGCACUCGCAAGGGCAGCACAGACAAACGUUGGAGGACCUUUGGCUGCUUUACAACAACAGCAGCCAAUUCAACAAGCCCAAUUACAACUUGCCUUGCAACAACAGCAACAGCAACGUGCAGUGCAGGCUCAAGCACAGGCUCUGGCAAAUGCCGCGGCUGCUGCAGCUGCUUCAGCGAAUCAACAAGGUGGUCAACAACAGCAAAGCGGUGGUGCUCAACAUGGUCAUCAACAAGGUUCGCCAAAUGUUCGUGUUCCCAAUGGACAACAGCCAAAUGUACAAGCCAAUGGGCAAACAUCGCAAAUGCCAUCACAUUCAGCUGCUCAAGCGAUCACUCAUCCGUUAGCCCAAUCCUUUGGCGGUGUACAAGGCUUACCUAAUCAAGCUGCUGUGAAUGGUGCAGCUGCUGCAAUGGCAGCCGGUCGAUUCGGUCCAAAUAAUGCACAUGCUGCCAACUUGCUCGCCCAGUUUGCAAGCGGUUUAGGAGGUAAUCUCUCUGCCAAUGCAAUGUCUAGUCCACAGAUGCAAAAUCAACUAAACAGGCCACUUUCUUCUUCGCCUGUUCCUCAAGCCCAAGGACAGCAGCAACAGCGCUCUUCUCCCCAUAUUGGUUCAAACGGUUCUUAUCAUUCUUCACCUGCUCAAGGACAUGCAAUGCCCAUGGGAGGUUCUCAACAAGGUCAACAACGAAUGAACGGAAACAGUAUCAAUCUACUGAACGGAGCGGGCGCUAAUCAGAUGACGCAGAUGAAUCCUUUACAGGCUGCAGCUGCUAUUCAACAAGCACAAGCGGCUCUUCAAGCUCAGCAAAAUAUGCAGCAACAACAACAGGCAAACGGCCAACAACAACCUCAAUUGCAAACACAGCCUCAACCGCAAUUCACACCUCAACAGCUUUUGGCUAUGCAAGCUGCAUUGACCCAAAAUGUGAAUAUGCAAUUGAAGUUGCCACAAAAUCGUAAUCGGAAUAUGCAAUUAGCCCAAGCACAACAGCAAUUGGCCGCCGUUACUGCAGCUGCUCAAGCAAGUGCAAAUAAAGGCGUGAAUGGGAUGAACGGACAACAGCAACAAUCACAUCUGAACAUGGGUGUUGGACAACAAGGUCAAGGGCAACAACAACAAUUGUCACAAGCUCAGAUCGGAAUGGGUUUGUUGCAGAAUUUACAGCAACAGAUCAAUUUUGCCCAACAGAAUCAACAACAUAAUCCCGGUUUGAAUGCUGCCUUGAAUGCUGCAACUGCUUCAAUGGGUCCCAACGCGAAUGGUCUUUUGGCCGCUCUCAAUCAGCAAGUGAACUCUUCUCCUCAAAGCAAAGGUCGCACUUGA